CAGCACUAGAGCCAGGCUGCGUGCAGGAAUACAACAGUUCUCUCGAUAUGACUUUUUAGUUCUAACGUUAUUAAUUGUUCAGUUUAUGGAAAACCAGUACUUGUGCAACAGUUACAGGUUGUGCUAUUGUUCUUUAUUCCAACCCUUUACUAAUCACUUCUCUUAUUCACUUCAUGAAUGGCUACCAAAUCUCUUCACCAACCUCAGCCUCAGAUGAAGCCAAUCCACUUCUUCAAGAUCAUAACCCUUCAAAGUCUUCAUAAUGGAAAGCUAAUGUUCCCGGAAAGGUUUGUGGAGAGAUAUGGAGAAGGCUUACCCAAUAGUCUAUUUCUUAAGACCCCAAAUGGUGCUGAGUGGAGAUUGAAUUUGGAAAAACGGAAUGGUAAAAUAUGGUUUGAAGAGGGUUGGAAAGAAUUUGCAGAGCAUCACUCUCUAGCUCAUGGCCAUCUUUUGGUUUUCAGAUGCCAAAGAACUUCCCUUUUUCAGGUAUUCAUCCUUGAUAUGAGUGCCUUAGAGAUAGACUACCCUUCAGAAAGAGUAGAAGGUGAGAAGGCCUCCAAUAAUCAUGGAAAUAGACCUCCAAAUGACGAAAAUUUGGAAUAUCAUAGACCAGGUCAAAAGAGAAAAUAUAACUUAGCAGUGGAUUUUCUUCCAUUAUAUCAUUUGAGAAGUAGCACGAGUAUUAAAGUUGAGAACACUGUGAUAUUGUCGAAGGAGGCUCUGCAUCAUACUGACACAAAAUGCAAAGAAAAAUCAAAGGCUACUUCUAACCAAGUUACUGCUCUUGAUAGAGCAAGUUCUUUCAAACCUUGUAAUCCAUUCUUCAUGGUUGUCAUGCGUCGAUCAUACCUCCAUUGUAAGGGUUCUUAUCUGGGUUUACCAUGUGAGUUUUGUAGGAGCUACAUUGAUUUGCACGAUCAGCAGAGACAUAUCAACCUUCAAGAGUUAAAUGGGAGAGUUUGGCCUUCAAGGUAUCUAAUCACGAAAAACAAUAGAAAUACAAAACCAAGAUAUAGACUCAAAAGUGGAUGGAAGGCAUUCGUCAAGCACAAUAAUUUGAAAGUUGGUGAUGUUUGCACCUUUGAGCUCAUUUGUAGAACUAAACUAACCUUACUGGUUCACAUCUUUAGAGAGACAGACAGUUCAAAUUGUUCAACACCUCAAGAAAAAUCAAAGGCUACUACUAACCAAGUUACAGCUCUUGAUAGAGCAAAUUCUUUCAAACCUUGUAAUCCAUUCUUCUUGGCUGUCAUACAUCCAUCAUACUUGGGUUCUUCUGCUGGUCAUUUGAGUUUACCAUCCGAGUUUUUUCGGAUACACUUUGAUUCGCACAUGAAGCAGAGACUUAUCAACCUUCAGGAAUUAAAUGGGAGAGUUUGGCCUGCAAAGUUUGUGAUCCAUAAAAGCAGGACGAAAACAAGAUAUAGAUUCUUAGGUGGAUGGAAGGCAUUUGUGGAGCACAAUAACUUGAAAGUUGGUGAUGUUUGCAACUUUGAACUCAUUCAUAGAACUACACCAACUUUCUUGGUUCACAUCUUUAGACAGAGUGACAAUUCAAAUUGUUCAACCUCUCAAGAAUCUGGUCAAAUGAGAGCAGCUUGUCAAGGGCAGAUAGAAAAGAUGAAAACCAUCACUGCUAGCACAUAAUCAUCGCCAAAGAGUUGAAGUUCUCUUGUACGAAGCUUAGCGUGGGAUUCAGUAUUUCUUUUUAACACUACUUCCAAAUAUUUGGCAUUUAUAGAGAUUACCUGAUAUCUGAUGGCCUAUGCUCAAGUGUGGAGAUAACUGUGGAUUUUUUAAUGAGAUUAUUAUGUUUCGUUAACAUCUAAAAGUUAGAAGCUACUUGAGUUAUUUCUGUUGA